AUGUACUAUGGUGAAGCGGCGCUAAAGGAAAAAAAAGUAAAGACACCAACGAAACGCGUGAAGGAGGCGUGCGACAGCGGCCACAGCAUAAAGUGUAUUUCUGCUGCUGUUGCUGUUUUUCUCUUCAGAUUUCGUUUCUCCUCACCUUCUCUCUUCCCUGGUUGGGCAGAGAGAAGUGUAUCUUUUUGGUUUCUCUCUGCGCGAUUUGCCUCAGUUGGUGUUCCGUUAUUUUCUUUUUCUUCUUUCUUUGCUUUACUGAAAGGAUGCCCGGGAAUGUUAGCUGGAGGCAUCGUUGGCGAGGGGAAGAGAGGAGGCACACAUGCAUUCGAGAAGAAAAGGAAAAUAAGAGGAGGAAAGAAGAAGCACAGCUUCACACCCGAGCGCACCCACACAAACCCUCGAAAAAUCAACUCCCUCAAAAGGUAG